UUAUAGGAAGCAUCUGAUUAGAUGAAUUGACGAUAACACAGUUUCACUUGAAACACAGACUUGGGAAGUAGGUAAUCAAUAUGUGCGUUAAUGAAGUGCAUCCGAAUACUGUGGCUCCGGGAUAACAUCUCAUAGUACCAAGGAUGUUAAGACAAGUAUGCAGCGCUGUGAUUACAUUGACCGUCUUGCACUUCAUUAAGGCAGUGGCUCCAGAUUUCUCGGCAUGGGGCAUAACUUCAGCGCCAGAUUCUGAUGAUGCUGGGAGCACAUUAUUCCUGGGAACCAUGGUGGAAAAUGAUGAAAUAAUUUAUGAAACGGUGGUGGAGAAGAGAAUAAAAAGAAACAGAAUCGCUGCACACACAGUGGAAUUCCCGGAGAGGAGAAAGACGAACAAGAAAAUAAUAAACUUCAUAGCAGCGGUUGACUGCAACCAUAAGGUGCAGGGACAGCCCCCCGAGGUGCUGGAGGGGGGCAUAAAUCAAACGCACGUGACUAUCCUGUUGAAAUCGUUCAAAGGCAAGAGUCUCUAUUAUGUCAUCCAUAUCAGGGGCCUUGAGCCUGGUGACAGCCCAGGAAAACCUAGAACACCACCCACCUGGACAGGACCAAAAAAUUAUACGAGGAGACCAAAACUUAAAGCCACAACGCCUCUAUCGACAUCGUGACCAGGAAUUUUGUACAACGUAAUUUCUCGUUCAACUUUCAUUAACUUCAACGGCAUGUGAAGCAUGUGGGAUUAGGAAGGCUUAAAAUCACUUGCUUUAACUUUCAAAGAACUGCAAACACUCGAUCUUAGUAACAAUUCCCAGAGCUCCUAAGAGACUUGCGAUCGAUUUAGGAAAUUCUUUUCGAAUAUUCUUUGAGGCGCAUUUAGUAUUAAGUUUUUAGGGGUAAAAAUAGUUGUUGCACAGUCUAUGUUCGUAAGAAAUGGAACACUAAAGAGGAGUAGAUUCGAUUGAUAACGAUUUCCUAAGAAUGCAAUGCCAAACGCAGCGUGACGAUAGCGCCUGCAAUGAUGCAACAAACCCUGCUCUCAAGUUGUUUAUAUUGCCUAGACAAAUAAUUGAAGGUAUUAUGGGAAUGUUUAGCCUUAAUGCCACAGCUCUGCGCUGUUUUGGCGUCGUUACAAUUAAUUAUUAUUAAGUUAUUAUUAGCAUCUGUCUAAUAGAAUAUCGAACGGGAAAAAUUGGUACAGAUGUUGUAACGUAUCCUUUCCGCACAAUGUCCACGGUUUUUGAUGAAUUCUAUUCCCAGGAAUCUGCAGACUGGGUACCGUUUUGAUGUGUACGUAGACUUGAAAUUUUUGAUGAACAAAACGCUGCAUUUUGCAAAAAGAGAGACUCCAAAACAUUAUUGUGAUCAACCGAUCGAACAUUUUGGAAGGACUUAAAUAAAAUCCUUACAAAGUCCAACCAACAAAGAUAUAUUGAUGCAAAAUUCUGGUCUGGAUGACUUCUAACCAUAGAAAGAGACCUCCGCGCGGAAAGAUAUAUUACUGUACCCGGCUUCAGUUAUCAUGCUUCAUCCGUUGGAUAUACCUUUCCUCACAUUGACGAGUCCGUGGUUCGCGUCACUUUAGAACCGUCCCCGAAAAGUUGCAUCGCGGAUAACAGAGCAAGAGAGACUGAACGCAUGCGCACACAUGAUCAAAAUCACCGUUCAAUUACUGAGAAUACGACAUCUGAGAGACACACACUUGAUGAAUUAUGCUGAUAGCCUUAGUUGUUAAAAAAAAAAAAAAAAAAAAAAAAAAAAAAAAAAAAAAAAAACACACACACACAAUUCAGAAAAGACGUUUGCAUGUGUAUGUUGUCAGUACCUACGGUAAAUUUUUGAAGAACCGUGUCGCUUCUUUUUUUUCUAACUUCAUGGGAAAGAAACGGAAUUUGACGAUGUCCAGGCUGUUAGUUGUUGUCACAAUUAUGCAGGCUACUUUUUACGCCACGGAAGCAGACGUAGAGUUUAUCGAUGAUAUUAACUGGCACACAACACCAAAAAUACAGAUAGGACGAAGGAAAAUAGCUAACAAGAAGAAUUCAUUGUUUCUGGGAAUGAUGUUGGAAAAUGAUCACUUAAUUUCCGAGAUUGAAGUGGAUAAGCUAUUGGUAAUAAACGAAGUCAUAGAGCACACAGUUCAAGUCCCAGCGAAAAACGAGACCAACGAAAAAUUGAUCAACUUCAUAGCGGCGAUUGACUGUAAUUACGAUGCAGAGGGGCAGCCACCCCAGUUGCUGAGCGGUGGCAUCAACCAAACCCACGCGACGAUUCUUCUGAGAUCCUCGAGAGGGAAGGCUCUUGACUAUCUCAUCCAUGUCAGAGGCCUGAACCCGGGAGACCCCUGGAUGGGACCGAGAAAUCGUACGAGAAGACGGAAAAAUUACACGAGCAAACUAAAAAUAAAAAUAACAACUCCGUUAUCGACGACGUGACUAAAUACGUGAUUCUUUUUUUGAAAUUUGAUUUUCCAAAAUAGAUGACUAUCCACGAGGAGAAUAGAGUUUAGCCCCGAGAAACUCAAAAUUUAGAUACUGGUAACCACUGCUGAGAAAAAUGUUCUACGAAGAUUUUAAAAUGCUCGAAGUAACGACAAUUUUAAGUUUGCAAUUUUGAAAACGUCGGCAGUGUAAGCUAUUUGAAGUUUUAAACUUCCAUUUCAAAGGCUCAAAACUGUAGUAGUGAAA